GCUUAGGAGCUGGGCAGAGCUUUUCCUCGGGCUCGGGAUUUCUGUGGAGGCCUUUGAACUGCUGCGGUUUGGAAAGCUGUGGAAUGGUUUGGUCCCCCUCCCCUCCUUUUAGCGUCCACCGCAGUGAAGAGGCCUGGAGAAAGUUUGCCCAGUGCUUCGUGUCGUUUUGCCAAGGACUUACAAAGAAUACCUUAGAACAUCAUCCCUUGCCAGACUCACCAACAGACAGUUAUCUAUCCACUGGAAGCCAAGAAUAUGUCUUAAGUGAUUCUGAAAGUACAAAAGAAUUAAAUUACCAGCCUGUCAUUCCUGUGGACAAUGGAAACUCAUGGUCAGCUAGUCAGAGCUUCACAGGCACCUCUACGGAAGACAGCUCAGUCUUCUCUUGGGGAUAUUAUGAAUUUGAUAAAGCUGCGACACGACAAGUCCAGCAGAUAUUUAGACACAUUGAUGAGCUUUUGUAUGAACAGAAACAAAGUGUCUAUGUUGAAGGCCUAGAGGAAGAGUGCCAACAGUGGACAUUGAGCUUUCCCCAUCUCAGGAUUGUGGGAAAACAAGUGGUGAACCCCACAGAUGAAGGUUAUAGCUUUUAUCCUCGUUCACCUUGCAGCACCUUAGAUUCAUCAGACACAAGCCCAAUGCAAGAGAAAGAUCCUAGUGAGUUUAGUAUUUUAGGCAAAAAGAUUUCCCUCUCUGUAACUCCUGUUUAUAAAAAAGAUAACUUUUCAAAACCUCCUGAAUUGUGUUUGUUGGAAAAAGAAGAAGAUGAUGGAGUGAUUGUUUCAGAAGGCAUAAUAGAGGAAUAUUUAGCUUUUGACUGCAGAGAUAUGGAAGAAGAAUUACAUGAAAGGAAAAUAGGGAUUUCAUCUCGCAGAAAGAAAUUAGGUUUUCCUCCUAUCUCACCGCCAUACUGCAUGAGGGAUGCUGUUCUUUCCUGCAUAUUCGAUGAUGUGUGGACUGAAGUUCUGGGCUAUAUGGAACAGUUAAUCUGUAGACAUUGGGAAGGGUCAGUUUCAGAUGAUGAGAAGAAUGCGAUAACCACAGAAACAAGCAGGACAGAUUCAGGAAGCCCUUUUAUGCAGUUUGAACCAUUGCCGUUGUUGGUACCUCGAAUGCCACAACCUAAGAUGCCCUCCCUCGCCUCAAAUCCGGUAAAUCUUUCUCAAGGAACAAGCUGCAGCCCACAACGCAAUCUGAAUGGCCUGAUGGUGAUUCAUGGGAUUCCUUUAUACCAAAAGAACUUGCCCGUGAUAGAUAAGAUAUUAGAUUUAGAUGACAAAUUGCUUACCAGGCCAGGCUCCAGUUCUAUCCUGUCCACCACAGCUCGGCCAAAUCGCGCCUUUGAACUCAGCACAUCUUCAGUGUCCUAUUCUGCUCAGUCUGCUAGAAGGCGUAAUCCACCACCACGUACCCUGCAUCCAAUCAACACCAACUUUUCUCGCUCAGGGACUCCAAGAUCUAUGGAUGAAGUCAUCAGGGGAACACGACUCACCGCUGCAAAUGAGCAGUUGUCGUCACCUUCCCCGAUGCCACUGAGCCGAAAUAAUAUCCUGCCUCCUAUUAGUUCAGUAGAUGCAGUAGAACAUUUGGGAUCCCAAAAGCAAAUUAAAUCUCGGGGUAAUGCGAGCCGAGCUCAUAGUGCAAUUGAAGACGAAAUAAACCAUCAACCAGUACAUGAAAGAUUCUUGUUGCCUGAUAGCUUCUCCAGACCCAACACAUCACAUGCAUUCUGGCCAGACUCACAGCAUCGCCGUUCUUGCACUGUUAUUGAUUAUGCUAAUCAUCCACGUACUAAUAAAGGAUCUGCUGGCACAGAUUCUAUUCACGUAGGAGUGAUGGGAGUCAGUUUAGGGAUAUCUAGUUCUUCCUAUAUUAACUCUUUCCACCACCAGCCUCUUGGUCAUUUUCUUAAUGAGGAUGAGGAGGACAAAGAAGAUCAUCCUCUGCUGGGUCUUCAAUUGCAUGGGUCUGUGAGAACUCACAACCGAGGUGGAUCAGUCUCAAGAAACAGACAGGGAUUGUAGCAUGCUAGGGGCCAUUCAGACAUUUUAAAAAUCAGUAUUGAACUGUAGCAAUAUCAAACCUGUUUACAAAAGAAACCUAAAACUUCCUCUAUGAAGUCCUAUUUUUGUAUAAACUGAAAUGCCAAAGACUACAGGACUGAAUUUAAAUUUUGUUCCUGUAGAUCAAGCUGUGCUAUUCUAUGGGACUUCUGGUGUUUUAGGGAUCUGUCAAGUUUCUAGUAUCCAGUGCUGAUAUAUUCCAUUACAAAGAAUGUCUUCCUUAAGAGCCUGAUUCCUGUAGCAGUAAUAAUGUUGUAACACCAUUUAACUUGCCAGUAAUUGACACUAAUUGUAAUAUUUCUAGAACAUGUUUUGAGCAAUUCUUUCUCAGAGCAAAGUUCAUUACAGUUCACACACUUUAGAAAAAAUGGCAGAAACUGAUUUCUGAAGCUGGCCAAGAUUAAAAUUCUUAGUGUUAAAUUUUAGGUACAACGGUUCCUCAGCUUUAUACCUCUUCACCCAGUGACUCAGCCAAGAUCAAAGGGACUGAGGCAAAUCUGUACACUAGAAGUGUACUUUCAAUACCCUCUUUCCCUUGUUGAAAUGUUUUACACACAGCAAGAAGUUAUGAAAACUUUUGGGUAAUUGUUUCUGUGCAGCAGCCACAUCCAGAGGUUUAGGAUUCUCUCAUUGGUGAGAGAUGCUAUUCUAAGCAUAUGUACACUUUCUACAUUUUGUAGGAGACAAGUUCCGGAGGGGUGGGGGGGUGAACUUAGAAAAGGCAUAGCCUACUAUAAAAAUUACAUUUCAUGUCUGAUGUAAUUUAAUGUAACUCUGUAAAAAUAGUUUUAGGUCUUACUAGUCGAAGUAAGUGCCAGACUGCAAGAGUAUGAAGCUAUGUAAAUUAAAAAUAGCUUUGCAUUAUCUUCUAGGUACCAUGUGAAAUUUGUAAAAGCCAGGAUGGGAACAGAUUCUUAUUAAAUUGUAAAACAGAUUAACUUUUAUAUGCAAAUAAAGUAUUUUCUAAACUGUA